UUCUCCCAUUCUCUUUCAAACAAUAAUAUCCCAAUUUCACUUCUUCAUCAAAUUCAUUCGAUUCUUGGGGGAAACCCAGGGUAUAAACAUACAUCUAGCUGCAAGCAAGAAAGCCAUGGAUGUGUUGGAACCAAGCCUUGUUGGUUUCACUCUAAUGUUCUUUUGUGUUUAUCUGUUGGGGUACUUCAUAUUUUUCAAUAAUUGGAAUGGGAAAAGGUCUGAUGCUUCGAGUUGCCUCAUGUCCCUGGCUCAUGGCACCCCUGCAGUCAUCUUAGCCAUCACUUCAAUGCUUCAUCAGGGGCAGGGCUCUGGGAAUCUCCCUUUUUUCCAACACCAAAUGGACUUAUUCUCUUCCCCAAACACCCCAUCCCAAGAAAUGGUUCUUGAUUUCAGCAUUGCAUACUUCUUGAUGGACUCCCUGCACUACAUCAUUUUCUACCCUCAUGAUGCCCUCUUCAUAGCCCACCACAUGGCCACCCUCUACGUGUUCUCCACGUGCCGUUUCGCGGUUCGCCACGGGGCAACUGCCCUCCUUGGCCUCCUUGUUCUUGCAGAGAUCACUAGCCCUUGCCAGAACACAUGGAGCCUGGCUAGGUACAGGAAAGUGGACUUGCCCUUCUUGUCACCAAUUUUCUAUGGUUUCUAUUCGGUGGUGAGAGGGGUUGUUGGACCCUGGUUUGUGUGCAAGAUGGGCAGGGCAUUGCUUGGUGGGGCUGCUCAGGGUGUGAUUCCUAAGGGGAUUUGGGUUUCUUGGAUGGUUGUUAUUGUAAGUGCUAUCAUGGUUAGUAUACUUUGGGUUUUGAAUCUCUGGGUUGAGUUGUACAGGGAAACAAAAAGGAAAGACUUCAAGAAACUUUUUUUUGAAAGGAAGAAAAAUAGAUAAACAGAAUUCUAUUAAACUUUAUUUGUAUAGGAUUACUAUUGAUACAUUUUAAUAUAUGGAAGUCAAAGUUUCUGAUAUUUGUAUAGAAUGUUUUUUUUUUACCGUGAUAAUACUACUCCGUUUCUUUGUUUGCUA